CGCAAAGGAGCCAGAGGACAGGAGAGAGGAGAGAAGCCAGAGGGCAGGAAAUGAGUGGGAGGAGAAGCAGGGAGAGCUAGGAGAGGAGAGCUGGAGGACAGAUCCUGGAACUAAGUGGCAAGAUGGAUUGGACCUAAGAUAUCACCAAAAAAGCAAGUAUAAUGUUGGAAAUCUAAAUGUUAGGAAACUAUGAGGGCUUGGAGGUUCAGGAUGGAGUAGCUAUUGCCCAGCAUUGUGUUCUAGGUUAACUAAAUAAACCCAGUGUCUGUGUGGUGAUUUGGUUAUACAGCUGCUUAGGAUUAACAGCAGCAUUACCAGAAGAUAAAUCAAUAGUAAAUAUUAAUCACCGAUUACAACAAAGCUGGGGGAGCAUUGACUGGAGGAGAAGUCUUGGAACAACGUGGAGAAAUGAACCAGACCUAAGAUAUCACUAAAACCAAGUAUAAUGGGUGACUCUUAAUGGUAGGAACUAAGCGGGCUUGGAGAUUUUGGAUGGAGUAACUAUUGCCCAGCAUUGUGUUCUAGGUUAACUAAAUAGAUCCUAGUCUCUGUGUGGUGAUUUGGCUGUUUAGGAUUAACUUCAGCUUUACUAAAAGAUAUAUCAGUAGUAAAUAUUAAUGACCUCAUACAAUACAGAGUGAAGUGUUUUCUUUGAUCAAUAACUUGUCUCCGGCCUAUUCUUCCCUUUCUAGUAUAAUCACAUGAAAGCCCACUGUUUCUUUUCUAGCCUUUGCACCCCUCACUGCUCUCCAAAGGAGGGGGGGCAUUCUACGCUUGCAAAGAACACCAACAAGAGGAUUCCUGAGAAGCCAGAGGCAACACAAAGCUGACUUGGCUACCCAGGAAGUGACCCUAGACCAGGCAAAGCCCCGUUUACUGAAUGCAGGAAUGCAACCCGGGGCCAAAUUGACUUGUUGAAACAAAAACUGACCAAACAGGAUACACAAACAGGAAGGUGGACGCUCCUGGAGGUCAGACCCAUCCUUCCAGCAAGUCUGGGAAGGCAACUGGUGACAGGCCUCCACCAAGCCACCUAGGGAAAGGGGAACUGCCUUAUUCCCCAGACCCAGAUCCACAGGCAGCAGGAAGCGAAUGACGCUAGGCCUGGUGGGCCUUCUGAAACCUCAGAGCCCAGCUCCAGUGACGCAUUUCCUCCAAUAAGGCCACACCUCAUGACGCAUUUCCUCCAACAAGGCCACACCUCCUAAUCCUCGAAGGUCUCUCUCUGAACUCGGAGCUCACUGACUCCAGCUAGUCCUGGGGAUCACCUGCCUCUGCCCCGGGGAAUUACAAGCCAGCCCGGCUUUUACAAGAUUUCUGAGGAUCUGAACUGUAGCCUUCAUCCUGGCAAGGCAGGUUCUUUACCCCUUCAGCCCCUGGGGAUUCUCCAUGGUGCGGGCUGCAGUCACUGAUUGGGCUUGACCUUGGUAGAGCAGGGUUGAAUCUCCUCUCCUUGCUUGACCUGUUCAGCCAAACAGAGGCACCCUGCAGAGUGAGGAGAGUUAAAUAGAAGUACUUUCCGCCUCCUGUUUGUCCCAUCGGAUACGAACUAAAGUUCUUAGGGGGAAAAGCCGCCAUGUACCCAAGUAAGGAAGGUUCAAAAAGCAAUUCCUCAGGAUCACCGCGCUAGAGGACCCUGGGGGACUUUUGCUAAACUGUUAGGAUGUGGGCAGUGGUCCUCGUAACUCGGUAUUUGUACCUUUAUUUCAACAUCACUUUGAAAAAGUCAUUACUGUUCAGUUUUUCUGCGUACAGGCCUCGGUAGCCUAUAAACACUGCCGACUUUCUCACCGCCUCUGACGAAGGAGACCGGGAAGUCAAGGGUUCCCUGGUGAUCACAGACUCCAGAGGGCAGAAGAAACGAUUCAUCCCACAGUAUUCUAAUUCUUCACAGUGUCAAGAUGGUGCCAACCCUGAGCCUGGAGCCCGCGGGCCGCAGCUGCUGGGACGAGCCGCUGGGCAUCUCCGUGCGCGGCCUGGCCCCCGGGCAGCCCGUCACGCUGCGCGCGGCCCUGCGCGACGAGAAGGGCGCGCUCUUCCGCGCCCACGCGCGCUACCGCGCCGAUGCCCACGGCCAGCUGGACCUGGCGCGCGCGCCCGCGCUGGGCGGCAGCUUCGCGGGGCUCGAGCCCAUGGGGCUGCUCUGGGCCAUGCAGCCCGAGCGGCCUUUCUGGCGCCUGGUCAAGCGCGACGUGCAGACGCCCUUCGUGCUGGAACUGGACGUGCUGGACGGACACGAGCCCGACGGCGGGCGGCUGCUGGCCAAGGCGGGGCACGAGCGCCACUUCCUGGCUCCCGGGGUGCGGCGCGUGCCCGUGCGCGAGGGCCGGGUGCGCGCCACGCUCUUCCUGCCCCCAGGAAAGGGACCCUAUCCUGGGAUCAUGGACAUUUUUGGAAUUGGACAUGGCCUCCUGGAGUAUCGAGCCAGUCUGCUGGCUGGGAAGGGCUUUGCCGUGAUGGCUCUGGCUUAUUAUAACUAUGACGACCUCCCCAAGGACAUGGACGUGAUCCACCUGGAGUAUUUUGAGGAAGCUGUGAACUACCUGCUCAGUCACCCUCAGGUCAAGGGUCCAGGAAUUGGCCUGCUGGGAAUUUCCAAAGGGGCUGAUUUCUGCCUCUGCAUGGCCUCUUUCCUGAAAGGCAUCACGGCUGCUAUCAUAAUCAAUGGCUCUGUGGCCAAUACUGGCAAAAUCUUACAGUACAAGGAUCAGACCCUGCUCCCUGUGGGUACUGACAUUAAUCGCAUCAAAGUGACCAAAGAUGGCCUUUCAUGUGUGGUGGAUAUCCUGAACGUCCCUCUGGAAGGGGCAGACCUGAAGAGCAUCAUCCCCGUGGAGAGGUCAGACACGACCUUCCUGUUCCUCGUUGGUCUGGAUGACCUUGAAAGGAGGAGCGAGUUCUAUGCCAGAGAGGCCUCCAAACGCUUACAGGCCCACGGGAAGGAGGAGCCCCAGAUCAUCUGCUACCCAGACACGGGGCACAACAUUGAGCCCCCCUACUUCCCCUGGUGCAAGGCUUCCCUGCACAGUUUCUACAACACUGUUGUCAUCUGGGGAGGGGAGCCCCGGGCUCACGCCAUGGCCCAGGUGGACGCAUGGCAGCAGCUCCAGACUUUUUUCCACAAACAUUUGGGUGGUGAAGACAGGACAGUCCCAGCCAAACUGUAAUUUUCUUUGAGUGGUGAUAUUUCUGAUCCUUGUCCCCUCCUGAGGAUAGCUGCCACGGUUAGGAUGUGUGUGCAUUUUUUUCUCCUGUUAAUAACUUCUUGGAGUUAAUAAAGUCUUGGAGUUCUACUCCA